ACUUGCCCCUCCCUUUCCGGUCGGUUCCGCCCCAGUCUUCUCCGGCAACCACGUGUGUUUAAGCUGGAGUUUUUCUCUGAGCUGCUGCGACUGUUGGUGAGGUUUCCCGGGUCUGGGCUGCGGAGGUUCUCCGGGGCCGUGAGGACGUCACCAUGCCUAAAGCCCUAAAGGGAAAACUUGUAGGACGGGAAAAAAAGGUCAUCCAUCCAUAUAGUAGAAAAGCAGCUCAAAUUACAAGAGAAGCCCAUAAACAAGAAAAAAAGGAAAAAUUGAAGAAUGAAAAGGCAUUGCGUCUCAACCUUAUUGGUGAAAAACUCCAGUGGUUUCAAAGUCAUCUUGAUCCCCAAAAAGCAGGAUAUUCAAAGAAAGAUGCUUGUGAAUUAAUUGAAAGGUAUUUAAAUCGAUUCAGCAGUGAACUAGAGCAGAUUGAAUUACAUAACAGCAUCAAAGACAGGCAGGGAAGGCGGCACUGUUCCCGGGAGACAGUCAUCAAGCAGACAAUGGAGCGUGAGCGGCAGCAGUAUGAAGGAUAUGGUCUUGAGAUUCCAGACAUUGUAAAUGCAGGUAAUCUGAAAACUUUUAGGGAGUGGGAUUUGGAUCUGAAGAAAUUGCCAACCAUUAAAAUGAGAAAAAUUUGUGCUAAUGAUGCAGUUCCCAAGAAGUGCAAGAAGAAAACUAUUAUAACCGUAGACAAAGAUUUAGGGGAAUUGGAACUAAAAGAUGAAUCCAGUGACUCAGAUGAGGAAAUGAUUGCAGUGGCCUAAUUGUCCUUUAUUUCAGUUGAAAGUAAAUAAAUGGAAAGCGUAGUUAUAUUUGAACUGAUUAUGGUAAAUAACUGUCUACAUACAAGAAUUUGCCAUGUAGCUUAUCAUCUUUCAUGAUGAAACUCCCAUUUGCAGUUUCAAAAAGUGUUAUGAUUUUCACUUAAAAAUAAGUGUUACUUUCCAUUUACAUUAAGUUGCUAAAAUAGAUAUAGUGAAAUAAAAGUACAAUCUAAGAUCCAUUUAACAUGAUUUUCCUGGGCAUAGGGAGUGAUCUGAAUAAGGAAAAAAAAAUGUUUUAAUUUUUUUCAUGUUCACCUUGGAUCACCUAAUCUCAGAUUGUGGGGUAUGUACAACAAUGUGUUUUCUGAAAGGGUCCCGUGCAUACUUCUUGAGUAGUGGUGAUGACAAAAUUGUCUUUCAGUAAUAGUGUUUCACUAAUCUUCCUCUUAAAUUAAAUCUAUUUUCUUUCCUUGUAAGAUAGGGAAAAUGUGAUAUAGGAUAAAUACACACUGAUGGAUUGUACAUUAUUUUUAUUAUCUUUGAGCCAGAGUUUAAUGGUAAAGAAAAAAAUGGUGACUAUUUUCAUAAUGUUAGUCUCCCACACUGUAAUUUGUUAUCUUUUAACAAAUAAGAUAAGUGGUUGCAGGUUAACUCUUUUUGUUUGUAUAUUUCCUGCAUGAAGGCUGAUAGGUUUUAUCUGUGGAAACAAAGAUCAGAGCAUCAGUUAUUGCAAUUGUGUUAUUUAUUCUUCUAAGUGAUACACUGAAUGACAUAUAAUAUAACUCAGUAUUUCAAAUAUGAAAAACAUGAAUGUUAGAAUGUUGUUCUUUAUAGAACUUGUUAAAUGCAGUUAUCUUUUAGGCUGUUUUCUAAGGGAUACAAUGCAAGUGUCUGAGUAUUUUCAAGAAAAUAAAUGUAAAAGGAUGCUAUAAGAGGUUUACUAGACAUUAACUAAGUCUUGUUGACAACUUAUUUAAAAUAUUACAGCUUUUUUUUACUAUUGACAAUUAAAAAUAAAAUAUAUUCCCAUAA